AGAAAACACGUGUGGACUGUAGUAGCUACUGAUGUUAACCGAUCUGGUAAACUUCUUAGCUGGCGGCACCUCGUAUUCGUCAUCAUGACUGAGGACACGUUGAUGAUUAAUAUUUCGAGCCCCUUAACAAAUGUCCACUCCAUCUCCUCUAAGAAGGGGCGCCGUUUAUCACGGCAGAAAUGGACAGCGAACAACACAAGGACUGGAAAAAGGAAAGCCUCGUCUGGUGUCCAAGCAGGUGGUUCUGCCAAGCGAAGGACGAUAAGUGCCAGCAGUCGACACGUCAAACCAAACAGCGCAGAGCGUGAGAAGCGUGCAGCAGCCCCUGUGCCCAAGCUGUCGGCAAAAGCUAGAACAUCUCCACAAGUGCCCGGAGAAAGUAAAGAACACGACAGAACGUUUAUUAAGACAUCAUCUCUCUUCCGAAACAACCCUGAGAUCCCCGAUGUGCUCAGCCCUGUGGUGACCCAGGUUACGGAGAAAGUCUUCACUGGUAACUCCUUUCAAGAACUGGAACUGCAUCCUCACCUGGUGGCGACACUCAGUAAGGUUUUAAAUGUGACAAGUAUGACAAGUGUGCAGAAGCAGACCAUCCCAGUGCUCCUGUCGGGAAAAGAUGCUGUUGUUCGAUCCCAGACAGGAUCAGGAAAAACCCUGGCUUACGGGAUUCCUCUGGUCCAGUCCUUGCAAGCGAUACAACCCAAAGUAAAGAGAUCAGAUGGACCACUGGCUGUAGUGAUUGUACCUACGAGAGAGCUAGCCCAGCAAAGCUUUCAGAUCUUCCAGAAACUUCUAAAGCCCUUCACCUGGAUCGUGCCUGGAGUUCUGAUGGGAGGAGAAAAGAGAAAAGCAGAGAAAGCCAGGCUGAGGAAAGGCAUAAACAUUCUGAUCUCCACCCCGGGCAGGCUGGUCGACCACAUCAAGAACACUCUUAGCAUCGCUUUCAGUGCGGUGCGCUGGCUCGUUCUGGACGAGGCAGACAGGACUCUGGACCUGGGCUUCGAGAAGGACCUGACUGUGGUUCUGAAUGCCCUGAACACAGCGGGAUCCAGCAGGCAGAACGUGCUGCUCUCCGCCACACUCACCGAGGGGCUGUCGCGAUUAGCCAGCGUUAGCAUGACAACCCCGGUGUACGUCCAUGUCUCGGAGGCUGCGGGCAGCAGCGCAGAGGCGGCAGAGCACCCCCGCCAGGCCGCUCCGCCCGCUGCCCCGCAGGUGGACAGCUACGCCGUGCCCAGCAGGCUGCAGCAGCACGUGGUGGUGGUGCCCAGCAAGCUCCGGCUGGUCUGCCUUGCCGCGGUCAUACUGGCCAAGUGCAAGUAUGAACGAGGACAGAAGCUCAUCGUCUUCGUGUCCAGCUGUGAGGCGGUAGAGUUCCUGCUCACGCUCCUCUCUGCCGUUCUGUCUGACAAACCUGCCGGCUCGCACAAGCCCCAGUUGGCCUUCGGCUUCUUCCGGCUCCACGGCAACAUGCAGCAACAGGAGCGGACAGAGGUGUUUCAGGAGUUCUCCCAGAGUCAGUCCGGCGUGCUUCUUUGUACGGAUGUAGCAGCUCGAGGGCUGGAUCUUCCGCAGGUAACGUGGAUAGUGCAGUAUGACCCUCCCGUCUCCGCAGCGGAAUACGUGCACCGCGUGGGCCGCACGGCACGCAUUGGAGCUCGGGGCAGCGGCCUCCUCUUCCUUACCCCCUCCGAGACCGCCUACGUGGACGUUCUGGCCAGUCACAACAUCAGCCUCUGCGAGAUGAAGAUGGAAGACGUCUUGUCCACCCUGAUGCAGGACGAUCACUUCAAAGGCAGGGGCAGAUGGGAGGGCAAGAAAGCAGGUUCCCGGGAGCUAGAGAUGCGCGAGAGAGCCACAGUCCUGCAGACGGACUUUGAGAACUUUGUCCACGGAAGCCCAGAAUCGGUGCAGGCAGCCAAGAAAGCCCUGCAGUCGUACGUGAGGGCGUACACGGCGUACCCUUCCGCGCUGAAGCACGUCUUCCACAUCCGCAACCUCCACCUGGGCCAUGCCGCCAAGAGCUUUGGCCUGAGGGACGCGCCCCAGGGCCUGUCCCUCGCCGCCGAGGGGACGACAAAGGGCAGCAGAAAGGACAUUAAAAGACCCCGCAACAAGCUCACGGCCAAAGAGCGAGUGGCCAGGCUGAUCCGCUCCGAGUUCUCCAGCGGCGUAGACAGCGAGCCCAAGUCCAAAAAGAAGAGGAGGAGGAGGAAGCUCGCAGACGAGACGGACCCGGCAGACGGGUAAAAGGAGAGGAGCCGCGCCGGCUCCGCACACGAUCACGCAGCCGCACUGGCUCUUCCACGGAGGGAUUGCGCUCAGACAGCCAGCCGCAGUCUGGGGCUUUGGGUCACGGGCGUUGAUGUCUCACACUUUCUACCUGUGCCAAGGCAAGACUGUACGGGCAUGAAAUCCUCCACGUGUAGAUCGGGGGCCACAAAAAAAAGGCUUUGGGCUAUACAAAGUGUUUUAGUGAUUUAGUGAUAUUCCGAACUUCAAUGAUCUAGUGGUUUGAUGUGUUGUUUUAAUUCAUUUUGUAGUGCUGUAAGGACGCAUUUCCUAAAGAUUGACACUCUGAUUACAUUCCAGUUAGGAAGUUCGUACUUUUAAAAUGGACCGGAAUGGUCCACUAUCUUUCCACAGUGACGGGCGAAUAUGACGUGAAUAGCGACCAGAUAAUCUCACUAAUUUAUUUGCUUCCUGCAUUAUCGGCAAGCGUUUAAGUCUUUUGUCUUAUUCUUAAGAGCCAUUCCGCCAGUUUUUGCUGGCUGGAGUUUCUCCGAGGUCUGGGAGAGUGGACGUGUACGCGCUUGGCACGACAGCGCGUCCUCGGCGCCGCUGACCAGCUGUCCACGCGUUUUGUCUGAGGCGCCCGGUCGCCAGCUGCUGACGCUUGGCCAAGACUUCGCAAGCAAUGUGACAGAAAUAUUAGGUUUCACGGUCCCGUUAUUAACAUAAACAGUCGGCUUUCGUGCUACGCGUUAAUAUUUGAUUGAUUUGUUAGUAAUGUGACGCCUACAUGGCUGGUGUGUGUAGUUCGGCCGCACAUACAAGUGCCUUUUGUUUUUAAAGCAGUCCCCCUCCAGUUGUCAUCGGGUGAAAUUCCACAAUUAAGUGCACGAUUUUUGGAAGGUAGAUAAAUGUAAAUCCUGGAGUACAUGACGCAGGGAUAUGGACAUUCUCCAUUCUAGGCUGCGAGCAAACGAAAGCUACGCGGCUUUUAUUAAAAUAUUUUUUCUUAAAAUGUUACAAAUAUUGUUCCUCUAAUACUAAAAUCAUAAAUAACAACUAUAUUCUGUUUAGGUGCCCUGGUUAAAUGAAAUAUUCUUCAGCACUUGUACAUAUGUUUUACUGAAUAUAUGUUAUAUACAAGUCCAGCUAAAUAACUCUUAAACGGACAUAACCUACCAAUUUCUGCUGUUAUUUGCAUUGGUGAUAAAAACACGAAUCCCAAGCAUCAUUUUCGAUAUAACUUUAUUUACAAUCUUUAUUUAAAAAGUAUUUUGGCGUCAACAAAAUCAUCAAUAAACUACUCAAACACGA